GCGAAUCAUAUCCAAUUAAAUUUUCUUACAGAAAGGAGAAAAAUCCAUCAAAAUUGUGCAUCUCCCAAGCAAGGAGCAAUGCUGAAUCUUCAAGUUAAAUUAAAAACAAGAAAAAAGGUUCCCCUUUUAAAAAACUUUUUCACACCAACACCCUCCUCACUCAAUAAUCUCAACUUCUUUUCGUUUCCUCUCUUUUAACAGAAAAUGCCUUUGAAGAAGAAGAUGAAAUAUACACUCAAAACCAUAUUCAUGCCCUGUGGUUGCGGCUCCACCGUCCCUCCUUCAUCUCACAGCCACUACACUCCAGGACUACCGGUUUCUCCCACGGUGUUACGCAGCCCAUGUCCUAAGAUUGACGAGAGUGUUGCGAUGGCUAAGGAAUCACUCAAUCCAUUCGAAGAUUACAAGAAGUCAAUGAAUCAGAUGAUCAAGGAGAGAGAUAUCCAAACAGAUGAUGAUCUUAAGGAGCUUCUUAGGUGUUUCUUGGACAUAAACCCUCCUCCUCAACACAAUCUCAUUGUCAGGGCUUUUGUGGACGUCUGUUCACGUCUUCGACCACCACACGACCGCCGUGGAAACUCACUUGGGAGAUUGCUUCGUCUUUAUGUUAAUCCUGUUGAUGAUAAUGAUGAUAACUCACACCAACCUAUGAUGAGAAACGGAUCCUCAUGAAUGUGUGUUACAAUAUUGUGAAUAAUUUGAUUUUAUUUUAGUUCUCUUUUACUAUAUACAGUAUGUUUUAUGAUUCCGUCAUGGAAGAUAAUGUGUGAACCAUUUAAGAGAUAUAUAAAAAUCAAAGAUGUGAAUUAAUUAUGGUUUUCAGUUUUAGACAAGGAUGACUGGAUGAGUGAAUUAUGAUUUACAAUUUUCCUUGUGAUUUCAAAGUUAUACCUUAAAGUAUGUGUUAAGAGAUAUUCGGCCUCAACAAGAUUUUCUUACAAACUAUAAUUAGACUUGAAUAUAUCAUCAAACUAACUUAAGAUAUAUGCAACUUGGGAAAACAACCUUGAAAGUUUCAUUUGGUGUGGUUAAAAUUCAGUUAAUAUAUGAAUAAUUUCUUUUAAUAUAUGAAUAAUAAAUAUAAACUAUAUAUGUACAAGAAUAUAAUUAGAAAUCCAGUUAUAAAAAUAUUAAAAGUAAAUUUUAUUAUUUAAAUAUAAAUAUAUGAUGCUCUAUAAAAUACUUUAAAACAAUUCAAAAUGGGUUAUAUCUAUACCACAUCAUUUUCCAUCUUUAGUCAUAAAAUUUAUUCUUUAUGAUUCAGGUGGGUCCAUCCAUAUUUGUGAUAAACUAAAACCAUACAAACUCAAAUAUUGUAUAAAUUAUGGUUGAAGUUUCUGGUCAACUGUUCUUUCCUGUUGUGGUUCAUUAUUAAG